UUUCAGUAUAGCGCGAACUAUAGCGAGUGACUGACGUUGCUGUCAUUUUAUUUUUAGUUUCUAGUUUAAUAAAAACCACCAAAAUGGGGUGCGGAGAAUCCUGUGUCAAAUAUAUCCUGUUCUUCACCAACCUGUUCUUUGCUCUGGCAGGGCUGGUGCUGCUGGGGCUGGGCAUCGCGGUCCAGCUGCAGCUGGCGGGAGUGGUUAGCAUCGCGCACCUGGACCUGUCGCUGGCGCCGAUCUCGUCCAUGGUGGUGGGCGUGCUGGUGUUCCUCAUCGCCUUCUUCGGAUGCUGCGGAGCCAUUAGAGAGAGCAACUGCAUGCUGGUCACUUUCUCGAUCUUCAUGAUAAUCCUGAUGGUGCUGAAGAUAGCGCUGUCGGUGGUGAUCUUCGUGGGGCUGGACGACGUGGUGGGCGACGUGCCGGUCUGGCUCAAGCAGGCCUUCGCCGAGGACAGGGUUUCCUUCAGGGAGAUUGAAACCACCUUCCAAUGCUGCGGCCCCACCGGUCCCCUGUCGUACAUGAACGUGUCGCUGCCGGAUUCGUGCUGCGCCGCGGCGCCGUGCAACAUCCUAAACUCCUACAGCGGCUGCGACGGCAUCAUCCAGGAGUUCCUCCGGACCUUCGGCCUCGUCAUCGGAGUCGUUGCCAUUGUCGUCGUCUCCAUUGAGCUGGUGGCAGCGGUGUUCGGUCUGUGCCUGGCCAACCACGUGCGGAACAAGUACAGGAGGCGGGCGUACUGACGCGUGUCCUUCUUGGUGCUCCGGCGGGCAGAUGUAGAUAGAUAACACAACUCUGUUGUAUUGAGGCCGUUUUAUA